UGGGAGCGUGCGGGAGCCGGGAGGGGGCGGAGCCAGCUGUGUUUUGUUCAAUUGCCAUUGAGGAGCCUGGUCCAUAUGCGGAGGGGAGGCGGCCCGUGCGGGCGCAGUUUUACAGAAAAGCAGACAUGAAACACUGACAGCAUUUUGGAAAUAAACUUUGGCAAUAAGAUGGAAGCAUAAAUCUCAAGACUUCAAACCAAAACAGCAAUGGCUUGUGGUUGUUGAAACAAGACACUUAAGAGCCUCCAACACUUCUGUGUGAGCAGUAGAAAAGGAACGACUACAAUGGUAACACUAAUAACAGAAAAGCUGCAGAACCAGAGCUUGGAUGAUCUGACAUGUAAAACAUACAAUAUUAAUCUGUACUCAUCUGAGAAGUUGAACAAAAGUGGCAGCUUGUUCUCUUUCGAAAUCAACGAAGACAGUCCUUGGAAAGCUUUAAAUGGGGGUUGUCCAAUCCAGACCGAUGCCAGGAAUUCUGCCUACCCUUUCCCAGUGUGCCCUUUCAGCACCGGCCCUGCCAGCAAUGGUGUCCUGCAGUGGCAGCAGGAACCCUCCAGCACGUCCAUGGUGUCAGGAUGGAUCAGCGAAUUAAACCUCAAUGAAAACUCGGGUCAGCCCUUGGCACCACCCACAAAACGCCACUGCAGGUCCCUCUCGGAGCCAGACGAGCUGGCUCGCUGUCGCUCUCCUUGGAAACCUGGCAAUUCAAAGGUUUGGACUCCCGUGUCAAAGAGACGAUGCAACAGCGGUGGCAGCGCGACCUUGCAACGCUGCAACAGUCAUGGAAGUGCGACCUUGCAGAGAAGCACAAGCAUCAGCCUUCCACAAAACAUACUGUCCCUCAAUAAUGUCUUCACCGUCACCAGCUUCAACACAUCACCAGUACCGAGACCUUCCUCUGCCAGCAGCGGGUUUGUGGACAGCAGCGAGGGAAGCACGAGCUCCAGUACCCGCUGGAAUUCCGGAGGGCCCUGUGACUUUAACCCAAGGCGCCGCCUCUCCCUCUCCCAGGAGCACAUCACCGAGACCGGGAAUCUUUUGCCUUCAGCCAACAGCACUCCCACCUCCACACCCGAGCUCAGCCGACGUCAGGGCUUGUUGAGGUGCCGCUCUCAGCCUUGCGUUCUGAACGAAAAGAAAAGCCGGCUAAAGCGCAGACGGGAGGAGGAUGUCCGAUGGAACAGGCCAUCUUUAGACUUUUUUAAAAUGACACGGGAAUCUGAUCACCCUGCUAUUUCCAGAUGUCUGGGCAAGGCAAAGAGGAGCUACUUUGGAAUCUCACUUUUGUGCAGCUAAUAGCUUCUUACCAUGCAGAAUAAGUUAAGAUGGUACUUGGAUUGGUAGCUGCAUCUGGAAAGUAGAAACUCUCCUUUACUGAGGAGUUCUUUCAUCUCCGGGAAACUGUUAAGCUCUUUUCAAAUGUUCAACUUCAUGUAGAUGUGCAUCACUUGCCUCUUUUAGCAAUAACAGAAAGAGGUGUGACAAAUAAAGAACAGUCGAGAUGUUGCACAUAUUUUUGAGUGUAUAAACAAGUUUUCUUGUGAUAACGAUGUUUUAUUCUAUUUCAGAUCAAACAACACACUGUAACUUGAAGUCUUUCUGGUGUUCAGCAUUCCUGUACACCUCUUUUCCCAACACUUAGGCAUGAAGUUCCAAAACAAAAAUAUCAUGCUUAAAAGCUUUCUAAUAUGUUGUCUUGAAGUGGUCUUUGGUUUGUCUUAAUAGUUACUUGGAUAGAAACAGCUGUUUUGUGUUAAGGAGUAGUUCAAACAACUCAGAUAGGUGGCGUCUGAUUCAUUAACACUGGAUACCUCUUAAAUAGUAAAGGUUGAAGUUGCAGUGUGUUCAUGUAUGGUAAAAUGUUGCUGUUUUGCUUUUGUUAGUUUUCUAGUAAUAUCUUCAGGCUCAAAUUGCAGCUACUUCUUUUAAAUAACUGCGUUGAAAUAACAGCUACUGGCAAACAUGAGUGAGGGUGGUUUUUAAAUUCUCAAAGGUCUAGACUUAUUUAGAAGCAAGCUUCAUUCUUAAAAGAUUUCAGACACUUAAGCUACUCCUUACAUGCAUUAACUAAUCCAGGCCCUGAAAGCUAGGACUACAAAGACACUUAUGCUUUGAAGAAGUUGUGUGAUGUAUUUUUUUUUUCAGUAGUAGUCAGGAAUGUAUGCUCUGCUUGGAGACUGGUUUUAGCUAAACAGCUGCCAUACCUAUUCAGUGCCCUCCUAUAGCUCCUUGUACAAGGAGCAAUAUUGUUUUGGGAGAGGGGCCAGGGGAAGAUUAGAAUAGAUAGGACUUAAUGUCUUUUUCUUGGAGUAUAAGAUUUUGAAUCUGCAAAGCUCUUGGAUAAAUUUUGAUUCUUGAAGGUUGAAUUUUGGCUGUUUUAUGGUUAUUGACAUCUAUGCUUUAUACCAUAGUGAUGUUGUGGCUUUUUGCAGACCUACAAAGCAAGGAGGACUUAAAAAGUAGUCAUAAAGAUGUGUCCACUUUAGCCAAAGUAACAAGACUAGUAUCACUUGAAGACCAGAAUUAUGAGGCUGAGCAGAAGGACUGGUUGAUAGUGGUUUCAGUAUCAACUUAAAACUAUGCAUAUAGUAUGGGUGAAUGGUUGGGGUGGAUAAGUUUCCUUGAAGGGGAGUGAUGAGGAGAUAGUAUUUAUUUUAAAAGAAGACAAAAUGUAUCAGGAGUGCUGUGACUGAAUGUGGGCUGCAGGAGGUAACCAUUACUUUUUCUGCAACAACUUUCUUAAUUCUUCAUAUUUCUUGUGGAGCCAUUGCAUCCACCUACAUGACUUCAUUUUUUUGUGGGCUGUUUUAAAGAAGCUACUGUGAAUAAGUACAAGAGUGAAGUGUGGUACUAAAUAUUUUACUUAUCCUUCUAAUUCUGGUUUAGAAACUUUUGGUUGUUACUGGGUACUUCCAGGCAUUAGUUUUGUUUUCCAUUGCUCUUUAAGGCCAUCGUCAUGGUCUGUAGAUGAACAGAUGGAUAACUUAUCAAUGUUCUGACCCCUUGCUGAGUUUAAAAAAAAAACAGAAGAUGUAAUGCUUUCUCUUUAAUUCUUUCAAUUUUUGUCAUCUAGAAAAUUUUCAAGUAUGCACUGUUGGCUUGUUUACAGUGGACUU